AAAGUGGGUAUUAAAGAGAGGUUCCAAAGCCCCUUAUCCUUCAAACAUUUAGAGAGACAAAGAAUAGGAGAAAGAGAAAGAGAAAGAGAGAGAGAGAUGGAUUUCACAGAGAAGGAAGAAAGUUUAGUGAAAGAAUCAUAUGAAGUUUUGAAGAAGGAUAUGCCUUUCUACAGCCUCCAUUUUUUUACUCAGAUAUUGGAGAUAGCUCCAGCAGCAAAGGCCAUGUUUUCUUUCUUAAGGGAUUCUGAAGAGAUCCCUCAGAACAAUCCUAAGCUCAAAGCUCAUGCCUUAAAGGUUUUCAAAAUGACAUGUGAAGCAGCCAUUCAAUUGAAGGAGAAAGGGGAAGUGAUCAUCUCAGAGACUACGUUGCAAUAUUUGGGCUCUGUUCACCUUCGUAAUGGAGUCAUUGAUCCACAUUUCGAGGUGGUGAAAGAGGCAUUGCUACGAACAGUGAAAGAAGGAAUGGGAGAGAAAUGGAGUGAAGAAAUGGGCAAUGCAUGGACAAAGGCCUAUCACCAUUUGGCUUCAGCAAUCAAAGCUGAAAUGAAAUGAAAUUUCAAACUAUGAGAUGAUGAUGCUACCUGAUAUUAUUUUGAAAGUAAGAAGAAAAAAAAACUGUGAAAUUUGUGAUGUAAUAAUUGAAAUUUGUGAUGUAAUAAUUGAAAUUUGGGGAUAUUGGCAAUAGGGCUCAAAAUGUCAAGACGUUGCAUCUUUUUAAGUGUCGUAAGCAUAUAUUUAUCCAGUUAGUUUUGAUUUACUUUGGUGAAAAA